AUGGUGUCAAUCUUGCAAGUCCGCGCCCUCAACCCGGCUCAUGGCUGCUGCAAGGACGAAGACAAGGAUGACGAAAAGGAUGACGACAAGAAUGACGACAAGGACGAUGCCAAGGAUGAAGGGAAAGAUGAUGGGAAGCCAAAAGACAGCGGCAAGAGCGCUGGUUCUGCGACCGCAACGAAUAGCGCAUUUGCAACAACUACGUACAAUUCUUGGGAUGCAGACAUGGAGAAUGGCAAGCUGGGUGACGCGGACAUCAAGCUGUACGAGGCUGAAGCGCCGACCUCAGCACCGAAGAGCGCGGAGUUGGGAUGGCGGUUAUUGGCGAUCGGCUGCCUUUGGACUGUUUCUUUUGCCCCGCGUUAUUUGUCACAUGUUGCCUUUUCUGGGGACGUUCCGGUUCCGGCAGUUGUUGUCUCCGUUAGUUGGCGUGACACCAAUGUAGAUGUAGUUCCAGCUAGCCACUGGGGCUAG